AUGACAACUCCCGCCAGCUUGAAAGAAUCCCAAGCAAAUUUGACAAAAGAAAGAAGGGACUGUAUACAAGUCUGUCCGGUGGCCGCCGAUCGUACAGAUUCCUCUCAUGAUGAUCCCCCUGAUGGAGGUUAUGGGUGGGUUUGCGCCGUGGCUGCUGCCGUCGUCAACGCACACUCUUGGGGCUUCAAUUCCGCAUAUGCUGUUUUCUUAGCAUAUUACCUCAAAAAUAAUAUAUUUCCCGGUGCAUCAAGGCUGGAGUAUGCCUUCGUGGGCUCAUUGAGCCUCACUACAAUGUUUCUCCUCUCGCCCGUCGCGACAAUGUCCACCCGAAGAUAUGGUAUUCGGAAAACCAUGUUCGUUGGAGUGAUACUCGAAUCUGCAAGUCUCAUAUCCGCCAGUUUCGCAUCGCAAAUCUGGCAUCUUUUCCUCACCCAAGGACUUCUUUUCGGCAUGGGGAUGGGCAUGCUAUUCAUUCCUGUCGCUUCUGUGGUCCCACAGUGGUUUACAUCCAAACGAUCACUAGCUAGUGGCGUCUCUCUGUCUGGUGCAGGUCUAGGAGGCUUCGUCUACUCUCUAGUCACUGAAGCAAUGAUUCGAAAUAUUGGGCUCAGCUGGGCAUUCAGAGUCCUCGGGCUUCUCGCCUUCACUGUCAACACUACUUGUGUGCUCUUGAUAAGAGAUCGAAACAAGACAGUCAAAGUUGGCAAUGUCGCUAUAGAUUUUGCUCUCUUCAAUUCUACCCAGUUCGACCUUUUGCUUGGUUUCAGCUUCUUCACUAUACUUGGCUAUUUUAUCCUGAUCUACAGUCUUGCCAACUACGGUGAAGAAAUCGGCCUCUCAUCAUCACAAGCCUCACUAGUGAGUGGCAUUUUCAAUCUCGGUCAGGCUGUCGGCCGACCUAUCAUUGGUUACUUUAGUGAUACGGUUGGCCGAGUCAAUAUUGCCGGUUUUACAACCUUUCUCGCUGGAGUGAUUUGUCUUGCAGUUUGGGUUAAUGCAGAAAGUUAUGGCCUCCUGAUAUUUUUCGCAAUUUUCGAAGGAUUGUUUGCUGGCAACAUUUGGGCAACAAUAGCACCUUUAGUUGCAGAGGUUGUUGGCCUGGACAGAGUGUCUCGUGGGAUGAAUAUUGUUUGGCUAUGUAUUCUUAACCCAGCAACAUUCUCUGAGCCAAUUGCACUGGAGUUGACCACUGCCACUGGGAAGUAUCUAGGUGCACAGCUGUUUGCUGGAUUCAUGUACAUCACCGCCUCGGCUUUCUUGGCUAUACUUUGGUUCCAGAGACGGUCAUAG